CAGCGCCACCUGUCAGUGUCCAUCAAUGCUAGCUCUCAGUGCUCAUCCAUGCCACCUGACAGUGCCCAUCAGUGCCACAUUUCAGUGCCCAUCAGUGCCACAUCAAUACCACAUAUCAGUGCCCAUCUGAGCUGCCUUUCAGUGUCACCUAUCAAUGCCAGUCAGUGCCACCUAUCAGUGCUGCCAAUCAGUGCCACCUAUCAGUGCCAGUCAGUGCCGCCUAUCAGUGCCAAUCAGUGCCGCCUAUCAGUGUGCAUCAGUGCCGCCUAUCAGUGCCACCUAACAGUGCUGCCCAGUCAGUGCCACCUAUCAGUGCCAGUCAGUGCCACCUAUCAGUGCCACCUAACAGUGCCAGUCAUCAGUGCCACCUAUCAGUGCCAGUCAGUGCCACCUAUCAGUGCCAUAUAUGAGUGCUGCCUUUCAGUGCCCAUCAGUGAUGCCUGUCAAUGCCCACCAUUGGUACCUACCAGUGCCUCCUCAUCAGUGCCACCUAUCAGUGUCCAUCAGUGCAACUUAUCAGUGCCCAUCACUGCAGCCUUAUUA